AUGAGUGGUGUGGUGAAUAUGGAUUCCUCCGUUUUGAUUAAACCCGAUCCACACUCAUCCAAAUCACAUCCAUCCAAGAUAACCACGAAUCAACUAGAGUAUAUCAAGAAAGAAGUUGUUGGUCGGUUACUAAAGGAGAAAAUUGUAUGGCCCUUUACUCGACCGGUGGAUCAUGAACGACUUAAUUUGCCCGAUUAUCCCAGGAUAGUGAAGCACCCAAUGGACCUAGGCACUAUAAAACAGCGGUUGAACCUCAAGUUUUAUCAUUCCUCUUCGGAGUGCCUCGAUGAUCUUUUCACUAUGUUCCGUAACUGCUAUAUUUUCAACAAGCCUGGUGAUGACGUAGUUGCCAUGGCAAUGAAGCUUGAACAGUUGGCCAGAGAACGCUUGAAAUCUAUGCCUUCACCCGAAACUGAAAUCUGUCCCCAGAAGAACUCCAAGUCCACUAAGCCAGUUCCAUCCUUGCGUUCUACUGAUGACCCCCCUGCACCAUUGCCAGAUCUGAAUCACGUCGAAGGGUUGAAUGGAACAUCGCUAUCCUCUGAACCGAGCGGUCCAGCCAUUCGAUCAUCUAGUUCCAGCACCGGAAAAAAGGCGUCCAAGAAGAAAAUGGAAAACCUCCUUGAUGAUCUACCUCAAACUCCUCAUUCACUCGACGAUCCUUCACGCGAUCGUCGCCAGAUAAAAAAGCCGAAGCGUGAUUAUGAAGAGCGGAGUGUCGCCAAGCGUUUGCGACUAUCCGAGGCACUGAAAGCGUGCAACAACAUAUUGAAGGAUAUUUCUUCACAGCGGUAUAGAGACUUGAACCAUCUGUUCCUCAAACCGGUUGACGCAGAAGCCAUGGGUUUACAUGAUUAUCACGACGUCGUGAAAAAAGCCAUGGACCUCAGUACUGUCAAAACGAAGCUGGAAACCGGUCAAUAUCAUUCCAAGUACGAGUUUGCCGAUGACAUCAGGCUGAUGUUUAAUAACUGCUAUAAAUACAAUGGUGAGGACAGCGACGUAGCGAAAGUUGGGAAGCUUUUACAAGCGAUAUUUGAGGAAAGUUUUGCCAAAGUACCCGACGAUGAAUCAGAGGUCGUUCCUUCUCCUGAUCGGUCGAUUGAUCAAAAUCUCUAUCAGCUGAUCCAAAAUGCCAUAAAGGAACACCAAAGGCUUACUGUUCAGUUCCAGAGGUGCAACGAAGAGUUGCAACGUAGCGCAGCAAACUUGAACUCUAUCAUCAGCACUCUGAAUACUCAAGCUAAACGAGCUUCUGCCAAUACGGGACAAGUUCCUCAACUCAAUUCUGUCCCCCUUGGACAAUCUGCGGGUGCGAGUCUGCGCCCCGUUUCCAAUGAAUCCUUUGAUGACGGGGUUUCUUCCAGGAAGGGUCGUCAGUCCCAAUCCAAAUCGAAAUAUCGCCAAUCCACAGCUCUCCCGACCUCUACAGCUCCCACACUUAAUGCCACCAAUGCAACUGGUCAUCCGCAGUCCACCGUCCAUGGAUAUGCGACUGAUGAAGAAAUGUCCGAGAACAAUGUUCGGCCGAUGACGUACGAUGAGAAACGGCAGCUGAGUAUUGACAUAAAUAAGUUACCAGGCGAGAAACUCGGCGGAGUUGUGCAAAUUAUUCAGCAGCGUGAGCCUUCCCAUCGGGAUUGCAACCCUGAUGAAAUAGAAAUAGACUUCGAAACCCUUCAGCAUACUACUUUACGAGAACUAGAAAAGUAUGUGAAGUCAGUUCUGCAGAAAGCGAAAUCGGGAAGUCGCAAGUAUGUGAAAAAGGGUCCCAAUACCGCCACUCCGGGUAAAUCGAGAGAAGAGUGUAUGAAAGAGAAGACGGAAGAGAUUGAAAGUCGACUUCGCGAAAUGCGAGGCCUUCCUUCCAGUGCUUCCGGUUUCCACAACGCACAUCAUAACAAAAAGCAACACAGCUCCAAUAGAUUGAGUGCAUCGUCUUCUAGUGGGAGUGAUUCGGAGAGCACCUCAGACUCAAGUGAGUCUGAUUCGUCUGAUUCGAAAUCCGAUAAUCCUACACCCUUCGCAGGGGUAAUUCGUCAAGGAGCAAACGUCAGUGCUACUCCCGAACGCAUAUCUGCAACAUGUACACCACCGACUACCAAUGUUGCGACUGUUACCGCAUCACCACAAAAGAAACGUAACAUAGAUAAUGUUUGUUCUAGGGGGGACGCUGUUUCCUGCAGCACUGACCAUCAUGUUGCUAAUGCAGGGGAUGCAGAUAGGAUCGAUGACGCAUCAGAGACGGAGUCGGAUUCUGGCUCACCUUGUGCCUUACGUCAGCCUGUCUGGGCAACUUCUCCGUACACAAAAAGACAGGUCCAAUCAACUGAGUCCAGCCAAACACCGUCGAAGGCCGUGCCGGUCAGUGCUGGUACGUCUAUCCCUCCACCAGAACAUGAGUCUAUGAUAUCGGCAAGCAAAGUAGCCCAGAAUCCACCUCACACUACUGUAGACUCAACUGAGCCUCUAGGGGUCGAUCGUGCGAAUAAGGCCGGGAAAGAACUUGAAGAGAAACAGGCCGCAGCACUACAGAUCAUGCGUGAAGCGCGGAGACAGUCCGAAUGGACUUCCAGAGCUGCUGAAGAGCGGGCCAAUCGGGAACGGGAAGAAGCAGAGAGGCGGCGUCAAGAAGCCGAAAUGGCCCGUGAGGCUGAACGUAGACGCGAUGAAGAGUUGCGGCGUGCCGAAGAGGAACGUCGCUCACUAAUUGAAGCUCGUAAACGGGAGGACAAGGCCAAACUGAAACCUUUGGUGAUCAUGGAUUCAUCUGUCUUGAUGGAACCUGGUCCGCACUCAUCCAAACCACAUCCCUCCAUGCAAACCACCAAUCAACUGGAAUACAUCAAGAAGGAAGUUGUUAAUCGGUUGCUGAAGGAGAAAUAUGUAUGGCCAUUCACUCGACUGGUUGAUCACGAGCGCCUAAAUCUGCCGGAUUAUCCAAAGAUUGUGAAACACCCUAUGGACCUGGGAACUAUAAAGCAGCGUUUGAACCUCAAGUUUUAUCAUUCCUCUGUGGAAUGUUUUGAUGAUCUUUUCACGAUGUUCCGCAACUGCUACAUUUUUAACAAGCCUGGAGACGACAUCGUAUGCAUGGCAGUAAAGUUGGAACAGUUGGCCAGGGAACUCCUGAAAUCUAUGCCCAUCCCCGAAACCAAAAUACACCCCGAGAAGAAUUCCAAAUCCAGCAGGCCGGGUUCAUCUUCGCAGUUCUGUCCUACGGAUCAGUCACGUGUUCAGACUUCAAGCUUAAAACAGACUUCCAUGACUCUCAUUCCAGAUGGCAGAUCAUCCAGUACACGCAAGAAAGCAUCAAAGAAGAAAAUGGAAAGCUUCGGUGAUCCUCCUCGGAGCGUCCAGUCGACCGGAUACUCAUCACAUCAGGUUAAAAAAUUGAAACCGGAGUACAGUGAACGGAAUACUGACAAGUCUGUGCACUUGUCCGCAGUCUUGAAACAAUGCAGCAACAUCUUGAGUGAGAUCUCUUCUUACCGGUAUAAGGAGUUAAACCACUUUUUCAUCAAACCAGUGGACGCACGAUCUAUGGGCUUACAUGAUUAUCACAACAUUGUAAAGAAACCGAUGGAUCUUCACACUGUUAAAGUAAAAUUGGACAGUGGCCAGUACCGCACCAGGUCCGACUUCGCCGAAGAUGUCAGGUUAAUUUUUACUAAUUGCUACAAAUACAAUGGAGAGUCCAGUGAUGUGGGGAAAAUCGGGAAGAUUUUGAGUGGAAUUUUCGAGGACUUUCUAUCAAAAGUACCAGCUGACAAUCAGGAUCUCGACCAGCUGAUACAAGACUCGAUAAAAGAACACCAAAGACUUACUGUCCAGUUCCAACAGUGUAAUGAUGAACUACAACGCAGCACAGCGGGACUGAGCUCUAUCCUCGACACUCUAAACUCACAUGCUAAACGAGCUUCUUCUAUUGUGACGAACAUGCCUCCUGCACAACCUGCCUGUGCAACUGCACUGGACGUUUCGAAUGUAUCAUUCGAUAGCACGGGGACCUCCAGUUCCAGUCAUUUUUUUACCCAUGCUUUAUUCUGUUCCAAUGCACCACUCCAAUGUCUUGCAGCGCUUCACCAUUCCACGGUACCUGUUCCGAAUUCCACGGAAGUCAGCGAGUAUCCGCAGUCCAUCAUGUGUGGAUAUGAGAUCGAUCAAGAAAUGUCCGAACGUAAUGUACAGCUGAUGACGUACGAUGAGAAACGGCAGUUGAGCAUCGAUAUCAACAAAUUACCAGGCGAGAAACUCGGACAGGUUAUUCAGAUAAUCCAACAGCACGAGCCAUCGCAUAGGGACUGCAAUCCUGACGAGAUCGAACUCGACUUCGAAACUCUUCAACACACCACCCUACGAGAACUCGAGCAAUACGUCAUGACUGUUCUGCGGAAUGCGAAGACGAGUAGUCGCAAGAUGCCGAAGAAGGACCCGUUUACCACUCCAGAAAAAUCCAGAGACGUCACUUUGACAGCCAAGGCCCGAGAAAUCGAAAGCCGAUUUCCGAAAACUCCAGAACCUCCUUCGAAUGUUCGUAGUAUUCGAAACACACUUAGUGUCAAGGAACCACGUGGUUCCAAUAGACUGAGCGCUUCGUCUUCCAGCGGCGAUGAUUCGGAGAGCACUUCAGAUCCAAGUGAUUCAUCGGAUAAUUGA